AUGAGUACAAGAUUAUCCAUCUUUUACUUUAUUUUAUUGCUCUUCUUUGCAUCAUCGGCUCUGUUUUCUCCGGUCACCGGUGACCUCGCCGGCGACAGACAAGCCCUUCUCGACUUCCUCAACAACAUCACUCACCCACGGUCUCUAACGUGGAACGCAAGCACCCCUGUAUGCGCCACAUGGCCAGGCGUCACAUGCGACAAAGACGGCACACGUGUCACUGCCCUUCACUUGCCCGGAGCGAGUCUUCUAGGAGUGAUCCCUCCGGGAACUAUCAGCCGUCUAUCGGAGCUUCAGAUCCUCAGUCUCCGAUCCAACGGCCUACGAGGAGUGAUCCCUCCGGGAACUAUCAGCCGUCUAUCGGAGCUUCAGAUCCUCAGUCUCCGAUCCAACGGCCUACGAGGUCCGUUCCCAGUUGAUUUCUCGCAGCUUACGAAACUCAAAGCAAUUAGUCUCAGCAACAACAGAUUCUCCGGCCCACUACCGUCCGAUUACCCCACGUGGACGAAUCUCACCGUUCUUGACCUUUACGGUAACCGGUUUAACGGUAGUGUUCCCGCGGGAUUUGCUAACCUGACCGGACUCGACUCGCUUAACCUAGCUGAAAACUCGUUUUCCGGUGAGAUCCCGGAUCUUAAUCUCCCCGGCCUACGCAGGCUCAACUUUUCCAACAACAAUCUCACCGGAUCAAUCCCAAAGUCUCUGAGAAGAUUCGGGAACUCGGCUUUUUCCGGCAACAACUUGGUUUACGAAAAUGCCUCUCCUCCUCCGGUGAUCCCUCCUAUAGAGAAAGAGAAAGAGAAAAAGGGGAUCUAUAUCUCGAAACCUGCGAUUCUCGCGAUAGCGAUAAGCCUUUGCUUCGUCAUAUUCUUCCUAAUCGCGGUUGUGAUAAUCGUUUGCUAUGUGAAAAGGCAGAGGAGGCAAGAGACAGAAACAACACCAGAGAAGUUGAAACCAGCAGCACAAAAGAUGCCAAGUGAGAAAGAAGUUUCUAAAUUAGGAAAGGAGAAGAAUAUUGAAGACAUGGAGGAUAAGAGCGAAAUUAACAGAGUUAUGUUCUUUGAAGGAAGCAAUCUAGCUUUUAACUUGGAAGACUUGUUGAUAGCCUCGGCAGAGUUUCUAGGGAAGGGCACUUUUGGUAUGACGUAUAAAGCGGUUUUAGAAGAUUCUAAGGUCAUCGCGGUUAAGCGAUUAAAGGACGUAGUGGUGUCGCGGAAAGAUUUCAAACAUCAAAUGGAGAUCGUUGGAAACAUUAGGCAUGAGAACGUUGCUCCUUUGAGAGCUUACGUGUGUUCCAAGGAAGAGAAGCUUAUGGUCUAUGAUUAUUACUCUGAAGGCAGUCUCUCUCAUCUUCUUCAUGGCAAGAACGGCGAGGAGGGACAUGUUCCAUUGAACUGGGAAACACGAUUAAGAUUCAUGAUUGGAGUAGCAAAAGGACUAGCUCACAUACACACAUACAAGCUCGCACAUGGCAACAUCAAAUCUUCUAACGUCUUCAUGAAUUCGGAAGAUUAUGGAUGUAUAUCAGAAACCGGUUUAGCUGUGUUAACCAACCCGGUUACGAGGGCUAAUGCAUCAGCCAGACGGUACCGUGCCCCAGAAGCAACCGACACGAGGAGGUCGACGCCUGAAUCAGACGUUUACGGGUUUGGAAUCUUGAUGCUGGAAACUCUAACCGGAAGAUCAAGUAUGGAUGAUGCAAAGGAAGGGAUAGACCUGGUGGUUUGGGUAAAUGAAGUUAUUGCAAAACAAUGGACAGGUGAAGUGUUUGAUUUAGAGCUUGUGAAGACUCCUAACGUUGAAGCAAAGUUGCUUCAGAUGUUGCAGUUAGGGACAAGUUGUACCGCUAGGGUUCCGGCAAAGAGACCGGAGAUGGUGAAAGUGGUUGAGACUUUGGAGGAGAUUGAGAGGAAAUUGUAGAAUAUUUAUUUUACGGGGGUUAUAUAAAAUUUUAGCUCCGUUUCUCUACAUUUAGAUAAUUUUAAAUUUAAAACGGUGUUUAACAUUUAGAUGGAACUUAGGAGGACUUGCUCCAUCAAAAAUUUAGUUCCAUAAGUUUCAUAAUCUUGAAGAUUUAAACUUCAACAUAAUAGA